UAAAGUUCACUUUUCUCUAACAUGAUUCUUUACCAAAUCUGAACAAAUUAUAGUGAAAAUAUAAUGUGUAGUUAUGGUUUGAACGUUUAGUAAAUGAAAAGUAAAGUGCUGGUGUAAUUUAUAAGGGGGAAAGUGGUAUCACGGAAAUGUGAUACCACUUAAAAGCAUCACCACGGAAAACACCAAGAAAAAAGCCAAGCGACAGAAACGAAAAAGAAUAUCAGAUAUGAGGAUCGAUUACCGCGGAGUGAAGUGUGCCACAGCGCUGCGUUCGGGUGUCAAAACUGCAAUGUACGAAAGCAGCUGUUCGUAUGCCGGAGCUCUGGAAUUGAAGAGAAGUGCAUUGAAAGAGGAACCAUGGCCGGCAACAGAAUGGCCGCCGUAUCGUCUCCAUCAGAGUACCUUCGAGCAAUUGAAACAGAGCGUAGAGAAAGCGAAAGCAGCUUUACAAGACAGGUCCGGACUCCUGGGUACUGCGACAGCGUUCGGUGAUUUUUACGGUGGUCAACUAGGGCAGGAUGCUACCAGUACAACUCUGGGUUUCGGCAGAACUAGAACGGAUGAGAGCAUGCUGGGAUCAAUUGAUAAAAACAAAAUUGGUAAGUUGUGA